AUGGCUGACAGAUAUUCAUUCUCUUUGACCACAUUUUCACCAAGUGGUAAAUUAGUUCAAAUUGAAUACGCCCUCAAUGCCGUCAAACAAGGUGUUACUACAAUCGGAAUCAAAUGUGACAAUGGAGUAGUAUUAGCUACAGAACGUAAAUCGAAUUCGGUACUCAACAAAUCGGAUGUCAACAACAAAGUCGAAUACAUAACACCAAACAUUGGUAUGACAUAUAGUGGAAUGGGACCAGAUUUCCGAGUGUUGGUUGAUAAAGCUCGUAAGUUGGCCCAAACAAAUUACAAAUUAAUUUAUAAUGAAUAUCCACCUGUACGUAUUAUGGUUCAAGAAAUUGCCAAAGUUAUGCAAGAAAGUACGCAAUCGGGAGGUAUAAGACCAUUUGGAGUAUCACUAUUAGUUGGUGGAUAUGAUGAAUUUUCAGAGAAGUUUCAAUUGUAUCAGGUAGAUCCUAGUGGUUCAUAUUUCCCAUGGAAGGCAACUGCUAUAGGGAAGACGGCAAAUAGUGCAAAGACAUUCCUUGAAAAGAGAUGGAAUGAAAAUUUGCAAUUAGAAGAUGCUAUUCAUGUAUCACUUUUGGCCUUGAAAGAAAGUGUUGAAGGAGAAUUGAUUGGUGAUAAUUUGGACAUUGCUGUUAUUAGUGAUCCACAAGAACAAUUAUUAGGUUUUACUGGCACCAAUAUUGAAGGCCCAAGGUUUAAGAAGUUGAGUGCUGAUGAAAUUAACGAUAUUUUAGACUCAUUGUAA